AUGACAAGUGGCCAAAGUGGGCAUGAUCAUUCGUUUACAAUACGCCAAGAAAUUCAACGUUUUGAAAGUGUUCAUCCAUCUAUUUAUGCUAUUUACGAUUUAAUUGAUCUUAUUUCUGACACACAAAUUGCUAAGCAAAUAAGAGAACAUGUUGUAGCUAUUGAAGAUUCAUUUGUCAAUAGUCAUGAGUGGACACUGGCGAGAGAUGUACCAGAGUUGCAUUUGGGAAUUAUUGGUUCCUGUGAUUCGGGUAAAUCAGCACUGGUACAUCGGUAUUUGACAGGAUCAUUUAUGCAUGAAGAAUCUCCGGAAGGUGGUAGAUUUAAAAAGGAAAUUUUUGUAAAUGAUCAAAGUUAUUUAUUAUUGAUUAGAGAUGAAGGUGGUGUUCCUGAAUCACAGUUUUCAUCGUGGAUUGACGCAGUUCUGUUGGUAUUUAGUUUAGAGAGUGAAGAAAGUUUUUCAAUUCUUUGUAAUUAUUAUAAUAAAAUGUGUUCAUUUCGUAAUAUGACAGAUGUACCAAAAAUUCUAGUUGGAGUACAAGAUUCAAUUAACGAUACAAAUCCUCGUGUUAUUAAGGACGUAAGACCACGUAAAUUAGCAUGUGAAUUACGUUGUCCUUAUUACGAAACCUGUGCCAUUUACGGAUUAAACGUAGAACGAGUAUUUCAAGACGUAUGUCAGAAGAUAAUCCUAAAAAUGUCUGAUAAACCACAACCGUCACAACGAUGUAAUGGUAGUCAAAGUUCUAGUGAAAAUGUACAACAAGAACCAAGAUACUCAAUACCUGUGAUUACUAAAUCUGUACUAUCAUCAUCUACUAAAGAUUCAGAUACGAGUAGUCCCUCAAAACUUAGUAUUACAACAGAUAAAGCAGAAGAAUUUAUACGGCCCACUCAAGAUAAUAUGAGCCAGUGUGAUCCAGUUAUUACUAACGACACUAGUUUUCAGUAUAUCCAAGCUCCACACUCGGAAUUUCGGACAUCUAUUUUAACGCCGACGACCAUCAGAAAGUUCCGUAGAAAAUCAAACAUCUUCACGCCGUCUAAGAAGGAAAAGUACAACAUGGAAGAGAUGGGAAUUGGUAGAGAAAUUCCAGUUAAGCAAGGGUAUCUCUUUAAGCGAAGUAGCAAGUCGUUGAAGGAACGCAAGAAGAAAUAUGUGACUCUGUUAGAAGACGGGAGGUUGACGUACCAUCCAAGUCUUCAUGAUUACAUGAAUGAUAUUAAUGGCAAAGUUAUUCUCUUGCAGUAUGUCACAGUAAAAGUACCUGGGAAAACACCAAAAGGUUCCAAGUCAACCUCCACUCAAGACGACAGCUUUGAGUUUGCGAUAAUAUCAUUAGAAAACAAAACUUGGAAUUUUGAAGCAAGUAAUGCUGAUGAUCGUGACAGCUGGAUUGCCGCAAUCGAACAGCAGAUCUUAUCAAGCUUGCAGAACAGCGACGCUGAUAAAAAAAAUGAAACUGAAGCCUUUAAAAUGCACUGUAUUAAAAACAAAGUCUCUGGUAAUGAUGCAUGCGCUGAUUGCGGUGCUCCCAAUCCUCAUUGGGCAAGUCUCAAUCUUGGAAUUUUAGUAUGCAUUGAAUGUUCAGGAAUUCACAGAAAUUUAGGCUCACAUAUAUCCAAAAUUCGUUCAUUAGAUCUAGAUGAUUGGUCUGCUGGUCAGUUGAGUGUCAUGCUGGCACUUGGCAAUGACAUUGCUAAUGGAGUUUGGGAGUAUUGCCUUAAUGGUAAAGUGAAACCUCACUCAGAUUCACCUCACGAGGCUAAAGAACAAUGGAUUCGUUGGAAGUAUGAGGACAAAGCUUUCUUACCACCUGCAAAUCCAAAUAUUUCUAUUGGAAAAUUGCUCAUUGAUUCUGUGUGCCGAGGUGACAUGAGAGCUUUCACUUUAUGCUUGGCAAAAUGUACGUAUGAAGAUAUAAAUAUUUCUGUUAGCAACGAAGAUUUGAGAACACCUUUACAUCUAGCUUGUGCUACGGGAAACUUGGCCAUGGCUCAAUUAUUAAUAUGGCACAAGGCAAACCCCCAAAAUCUUGAUCACGAAGGUCGUACCUGUAUGUCAUACGUCAGAGCGUUAGAGAGAACUCUGGAUAACACCUCAGAUUCAAUAGAGAUGCAGAAACUAUUAGAAGUAUUAGAACAGGCAAGUAUAUCUAGUAUGGAUGACACUGAAACAACCCAAUUUUAUUAA